GAGGGGAGAGAGAGAGAGUGCGUGGAAUCGGGUUCGAUCGACCUCGAGAUUAGUUACCACUCUGUACUUAUUCUGUGCGCGGAUAAAUUCAUCAUUGGCGGGAUAAAAGACGGGAAGGAAAAGUUAUCGAUCGGGUGUGUUCGUCGGAUCAACGGUUUUCGUCUCAAGAAGGAGGAGGAGGAGAAGAAGGUGGAGGACGAGGUGCGCGUAAGGCGAGGGAGAGAAGCAAGGGACAAUAAUCGGUGGCAUUCGGGAGGAAGAAACAAGUGGCGCGGUGUGUGUAACGGUCGUACGGUAUAACAAUAAUAGAGUGCGCGAAGGGCGAUCGAUCGAUCGAUCGGGUCGGUGGUUGGUCGGUGUCCACGUCGUUGGUGGUGGCUGGAUAGGAACGACGACGACGACGACGACCACGUCGUCGUCGUGCGAACGCCGACGUAGGAGGAGGAGGAGGGGAAGGUGGUGCUGGUGGAGGUGGUGGUGGAAGCGGGGGAAUGGUGGCUUCCGGCCGAUCUCGAGCGGAAAGAAGACGCGGCGAGAUGUCGCCGCGCCGUCUCGCGCCCCUGCUGAUCCUCGGCACGAUCCUCGCCGGGCUGACGAGCACCGCCGCGGCGGACAGGAUGAGCGGCCUCUACGUCGACAACGGUUUCGACCAGACCAUCGUGCACAGGGUGGUCAGCCAGCGCGAGAAACGGGAGGUCGAGCACGAGAUACUGAAUCUUCUUGGAUUGCCGGAUCGGCCGAGGAACACGGCCGGUAGGCCGCCGCAGGUCAAGAGGUCGGCGCCCAAGUUUCUCUUGGACAUAUACAAGAACGCUCUUGGCGAGGACGAGGACGAGAAGCCGAUCGGCGAGCAGCAACGUAGGGCCGGCGAGUUCGACCUCACCGGUCAGGAUCUCAGGGCCAUCGACCAGAGCGACGUCAUCAUGACCUUUGCCGCGCACAAUCACCACGUUGCCGGAGUGAGGCACGAGCGCGGCAAAAGGCUGUGGUUCGACGUAUCCGAGGUACCACCCGGGGAACACAUAAUCGGUGCAGAGCUCAGGCUCUAUCGCAGCAUGGACGUGAAGAAUCGGAGGAAUCGUGGAUCGUACAUGAUCACGGCCUACCGGGUGUUGAGAACCGAAGACGGAACAAGGGAGUUGCAAUACGUAGACGCAGUGAACACGACGACAGGAAAGGAAGGGUGGUUGACUUUAAAUAUUAGCGAAUCCCUCUCCCAUUGGGUGAAUAAUCCUGACGGAAACAAGGGAUUAUAUCUAUCGGUACAUCCCGCGGAUCGUUCUGGUGAGUAAAAGAAAAAAAAAAAGUCUAUUCUCAUUUUUCGUUUAUUUUCAUACUCUCUCGUUUUUACGAUUCUUUUUUUUUUUUUUUUUUUUUUCUUAAAAUUAAAGAGAAGAAACAUUCGUAUUCGAUACAACGUGGAGGGCUAAUUUUAAAAUGUCUGUGAUUUAUCUCUCGAUAAGUCUGUGAAACAUCGAGGAGGAACGGUGGUACAUCCUGUACGCUUACCAACUUCAAUGCGAUCAACACGAUACAUGUUUCCGUUUAUAUUUCACG